GCCUGUCCUUUUGUCCCCGUCCAGUUUGAGGAGCGGCCGGAGUGUGGGCUGCUGGUAGGCAGCCUGCUGGUCCUGGGCCCUCGGAGGGAGGUGAGACCCAGCAGCCCCUGCCUCCCAGCCUGUGCCCCCAGCCUGCGUGCUGCCCAGAGCCCCCAUAGAGAGAGGUCCCCGCCGCCACCCUCAUGGAUCAGCCACAGUUCAGCGGGGCGCCCCGCUUUCUCACCCGGCCCAAGGCCUUCGUGGUGUCGGUGGGCAAGGACGCCACCCUCAGCUGCCAGAUCGUGGGUAAUCCCACGCCACAGGUGAGCUGGGAGAAGGACCAGCAGCCGGUGGCGGCCGGCGCGCGCUUCCAUCUGGCCCAGGACGGCGACCUCUACCGCCUCACUAUCCUGGACCUGGCGCUGGGCGACAGUGGGCAAUACGUGUGCCGCGCGCGCAAUGCCAUAGGCGAGGCCUUCGCUGCCGUGGGCCUGCAGGUGGACGCGGAGGCCGCGUGCGCCGAGCAGGCGCCGCACUUCCUGCUGCGGCCCACGUCCAUCCGCGUGCGCGAGGGCUCAGAGGCCACCUUCCGCUGCCGCGUGGGUGGCUCCCCGAGGCCGGCAGUGAGCUGGUCCAAGGACGGGCGGCGCCUGGGUGAGCCCGACGGCCCCCGCGUGCGCGUGGAGGAGCUCGGCGAGGCGAGUGCGCUGCGCAUUCGGGCGGCGCGGCCGCGCGACGGCGGCACUUACGAGGUCCGCGCCGAGAACCCGCUGGGCGCUGCCAGCGCCGCCGCGGCGCUAGUGGUGGACUCGGACGCCGCGGACACGGCCAGCCGGCCCGGGACCUCCACGGCCGCGCUCCUGGCGCACCUGCAGCGGCGGCGCGAGGCUAUGCGCGCCGAGGGCGCCCCCGCCUCACCGCCCAGCACCGGCACGCGCACCUGCACGGUGACUGAAGGCAAGCACGCGCGCCUCAGCUGCUACGUGACCGGCGAGCCCAAGCCCGAGACGGUGUGGAAGAAGGACGGCCAGCUGGUGACCGAGGGCCGGCGCCACGUGGUGUACGAGGACGCGCAGGAGAACUUCGUGCUCAAGAUCCUCUUCUGCAAGCAGUCGGACCGCGGCCUCUACACCUGCACGGCGUCCAACCUCGUGGGCCAGACCUACAGCUCUGUGCUGGUCGUAGUGCGCGAGCCCGCGGUUCCCUUCAAAAAGCGGCUGCAAGAUCUAGAGGUGCGGGAGAAGGAGUCGGCCACGUUCCUGUGCGAGGUGCCCCAGCCGUCCACUGAGGCCGCGUGGUUCAAGGAGGAGACGCGGUUGUGGGCGAGCGCCAAGUACGGCAUCGAGGAGGAGGGCACCGAGCGCCGCCUGACCGUGCGCAAUGUCUCGGCCGACGACGACGCGGUGUACAUCUGCGAGACGCCAGAGGGCAGCCGCACGGUGGCGGAGCUCGCAGUCCAAGGAAACCUCCUCCGAAAGCUCCCUCGGAAGACGGCGGUGCGCGUGGGCGACACGGCUAUGUUUUGCGUGGAGCUGGCGGUCCCGGUGGGCCCCGUCCACUGGCUGCGGAACCAGGAGGAAGUGGUGGCCGGGGGCCGCGUGGCCAUCUCCGCGGAGGGCACGCGCCACACACUGACCAUCUCCCAGUGCUGCCUGGAGGAUGUGGGCCAGGUGGCCUUUAUGGCUGGCGACUGCCGGACGUCCACCCAGUUCUGCGUGUCGGCCCCCAGGAAGCCUCCCCUGCAACCCCCUGUGGAUCCUGUGGUAAAGGCCAGGACGGAGAGUUCCGUGAUUCUCAGCUGGUCCCCACCACCCCAUGGGGAACGCCCUGUCACUAUCGACGGCUACCUGGUAGAGAAGAAGAAGCUUGGCACCUACACCUGGAUCAGGUGCCACGAGGCUGAAUGGGUGGCUACACCUGAGCUGACCGUGGCUGAUGUGGCGGAGGAGGGGAACUUCCAGUUCCGAGUGUCAGCUCUCAACAGCUUUGGUCAGAGUCCCUACCUCGAGUUCCCGGGGACUGUCCACCUGGCCCCCAAGCUGGCCGUGAGGACACCGCUGAAGGCGGUGCAGGCGGUAGAGGGUGGCGAGGUCACUUUCUCCGUGGACCUCACGGUGGCCUCAGCGGGUGAGUGGUUCCUGGAUGGGCAGGCCCUGAAGGCCAGCAGUGUGUAUGAGAUCCACUGUGAUCGCACCCGGCACACGCUCACCAUCCGGGAGGUGCCCGCCAGCCUGCACGGGGCGCAGCUGAAGUUCGUGGCCAACGGCAUUGAGAGCAGCAUCCGGAUGGAGGUCCAGGCGGCCCCAGGGCUGACUGCCAACAAGCCGCCAGCCGCAGCUGCCCGGGAGGUGCUGGCUCGGCUGCACGAGGAGGCGCAGCUGCUGGCUGAGCUGUCAGAUCAGGCUGCGGCUGUGACAUGGCUGAAGGAUGGUCGCACACUGUCCCCAGGCCCCAAGUAUGAGGUGCAGGCAUCGGCCGGGCGGUGGGUGCUCCUUGUGCGAGAUGUGGCCCGGGACGAUGCAGGCCUCUACGAGUGCGUCAGCCGCGGGGGCCGCAUCGCCUACCAGCUGUCCGUGCAAGGCCUCGCGUGCUUUCUGCACAAGGACAUGGCGGGCAGCUGUGUGGAUGCCGUGGCUGGGGGCCCAGCGCAGUUUGAGUGUGAGACCUCCGAAGCCCACGUCCACGUGCACUGGUACAAGGAUGGCAUGGAGCUGGGCCACUCUGGUGAGCGCUUCUUGCAGGAGGAUGUGGGGACGCGGCACCGGCUGGUGGCAGCCACAGUCACCAGGCAGGAUGAGGGCACCUACUCCUGCCGCGUGGGCGAGGACUCUGUGGACUUCCAGCUCCGCGUCUCUGAGCCCAAGGCGGUGUUUGCCAAGGAGCAGCCGGUGCGCAGGGAGGUGCAGGCUGAGGCGGGGGCCAGUGCCACGCUGAGCUGUGAGGUGGCCCAGGACCAGAUGGAGGUGACGUGGUACAAGGACGGGAAGAAGUUGAGCUCCAGCUCGAAAGUGCACGUGGAGGCUUUGGGCUGUAUGCGGAGGCUGGUGGUGCAGCAGGCGGGCCAGGCAGACUCCGGAGAGUACAGCUGUGAGGCCAGGGGACAGAGGGUCUCCUUCCGCCUGGACGUUGCAGAACCCAAGGUGGUGUUUGCUAAGGAGCAGCUGGCACGCAGGAAGCUGCAGGCAGAGGCAGGAGCCAGUGCCACACUGAGCUGCGAGGUGGCCCAGGCCCAGACGGAGGUGACAUGGUACAAGGAUGGGAAGAAGCUGAGCUCCAGCUCGAAAGUGUGCAUGGAGGCCACAGGCUGCACGCGCAGGCUGGUUGUGCAGCAGGCAGGCCAGGCGGAUGCCGGGGAGUAUAGCUGCGAGGCUGGGGGCCAGCGGCUCUUCUUCCAUCUGGACGUCAAAGAGCCCAAGGUGGUGUUUGCCAAGGACCAGGUGGCACACAGUGAGGUGCAGGCUGAGGCAGGGGCCAGUGCCACGCUGAGCUGCGAGGUGGCCCAGGCCCAGACGGAGGUGAUGUGGUACAAAGAUGGGAAGAAGCUGAGCUCCAGCUUGAAAGUGCAUGUGGAGGCCAAGGGCUGCAGACGGAGGCUGGUGGUUCAGCAGGCAGGCAAGACGGAUGCCGGGGACUACAGCUGCGAGGCCAGGGGCCAGAGGGUCUCCUUCCGCCUGCACAUCACAGAGCCCAAGAUGAUGUUUGCAAAGGAGCAGUCAGUGCAUAAUGAGGUGCAGGCUGAGGUGGGGGCCAGUGCCAUGCUGAGCUGUGAGGUGGCCCAGGCCCAGACGGAGGUGACGUGGUACAAGGAUGGGAAGAAGCUGAGCUCCAGCUCAAAAGUGGGCAUGGAGGUCAAAGGGUGCACACGGAGGCUGGUGCUGCCACAGGCGGGCAAAGCAGAUGCUGGGGAGUACAGCUGUGAGGCUGGGGGCCAGAGAGUCUCCUUCCACCUGCACAUCACAGAGCCCAAGGGGGUGUUUGCGAAGGAGCAGUCAGUGCAUAAUGAGGUGCAGGCUGAGGCGGGGACCACUGCCAUGCUGAGCUGUGAGGUGGCCCAGCCCCAGACGGAGGUAACAUGGUACAAGGACGGGAAGAAGCUGAGCUCCAGCUCAAAAGUACGCAUGGAGGUCAAGGGCUGCACACGGAGGCUGAUAGUGCAGCAGGUGGGCAAAGCAGAUGCUGGGGAGUACAGCUGCGAGGCUGGGGGCCAGAGAGUCUCCUUUCAACUGCACAUCACAGAGCCCAAGGCAGUGUUUGCCAAGGAGCAGUUGGUGCAUAAUGAGGUGCGGACUGAGGCAGGGGCCAGUGCCACACUGAGCUGUGAGGUGGCCCAGGCCCAGACAGAGGUGAUGUGGUACAAGGAUGGGAAGAAGCUGAGCUCCAGUUCGAAAGUGCGCGUAGAGGCCGCGGGCUGCAUACGGCAGCUGGUGGUGCAGCAGGCAGGCCGGGCAGAUGCUGGGGAGUACACCUGUGAGGCUGGGGGCCAGCGGCUCUCCUUCCACCUGGAUGUUUCAGAGCCCAAGGCGGUGUUUGCAAAGGAUCAGCUGGCACACAGGAAGGUGCAGGCCGAGGCAGGGGCCAUUGCCACGCUGAGCUGCGAGGUGGCCCAGGCCCAGACAGAGGUGACGUGGUACAAGGACGGGAAGAAGCUGAGCGCCAGCUUGAAAGUUCGAAUGGAGGCUGUGGGCUGCACACGGAGGCUGGUGGUGCAGCAGGCAUGCCAGGCGGACACCGGGGAGUAUAGCUGCGAGGCCGGGGGCCAGCGGCUCUCCUUCAGCCUGGACGUGGCAGAGCCCAAGGUGGUGUUUGCCAAGGAGCAGCCGGUGCACAGGGAGGUGCAGGCCCAGGCGGGGGCCAGCGCCACACUCAGCUGCGAGGUGGCUCAGGCCCAGACGGAGGUGAUGUGGUACAAGGACGGGAAGAAGCUGAGCUCCAGCUCGAAAGUGCGCAUGGAGGCUGUGGGCUGCACACGGAGGCUGGUGGUGCAGCAGGCGGGCCAGGCGGACGCCGGGGAGUACAGCUGCGAGGCGGGGAGCCAGCGGCUCUCCUUCCACCUGCAUGUGGCAGAGCCCAAGGCGGUGUUUGCUAAGGAGCAGCCAGCACACAGGGAGGUGCAGGCUGAAGCAGGGGCUAGCGCCACACUGAGCUGUGAGGUGGCCCAGGCCCAGACAGAGGUGACUUGGUACAAGGAUGGGAAGAAGCUGAGCUCCAGCUCGAAAGUGCAUGUGGAGGCUGCAGGCUGUACACAGAGGCUGGUGGUGCAGCAGGCAGGCCAGGCAGACACCGGAGAGUAUAGCUGUGAGGCUGGGGGCCAGCAGCUCUCCUUCCGCCUGCAAGUGGCAGAGCCCAAGGCGGUGUUUGCCAAGGAGCAGCCAGCGAGCAGGGAGGUGCAGGCCGAGGCGGGGACCAGUGCCAUGCUGAGCUGCGAGGUGGCCCAAGCCCAGACAGAGGUGACGUGGUACAAGGACGGGAAGAAACUGAGCUCCAGCUCGAAAGUGCGAAUGGAGACCGUGGGCUGCACACGGAGGCUGGUGGUGCAGGAGGCAGGCCAGGCGGACGCCGGAGAGUACAGCUGCGAGGCCGGGGGUCAGCGGCUGUCCUUCCACCUGCACGUGGCAGAGCCCAAGGUGGUGUUUGCCAAGGAACAGCCAGCACACAGGGAGGUGCAGGCUGAGGCGGGGGCCAGUGCCACGCUGAGCUGCGAGGUGGCCCAGGCCCAGACAGAGGUGAUGUGGUACAAGGAUGGGAAGAAGCUGAGUUCCAGCUCGAAAGUGCGCGUGGAGGCCGUGGGCUGCACACGGAGGCUGGUGGUGCAGCAGGCGGGCCAGGCAGAGGCCGGGGAGUACAGCUGCGAGGCAGGGGGUCAGCAGCUCUCCUUCCGCCUGCAGGUGGCAGAGCCCAAGGUGGUGUUUGCCAAGGAGCAGGCGGUGUUUGCCAAGGAUCAGCCGGCGCACAGGGAGGUGCAGGCUGAGGCAGGGACCAGCACCACGCUGAGCUGCGAGGUGGCCCAAGCCCAGACGGAGGUUAUGUGGUACAAGGACGGGAAGAAGCUGAGCUCCAGCUCGAAAAUGCGUGUGGAGGCCGUGGGCUGCACACGGAGGCUGGUGGUGCAGGAGGCAGGCCAGGCGGAUGCCGGGGAGUACAGCUGCGAGGCUGGGGGCCAGCGGCUCUCCUUCCACCUGCAUGUGGCUGAGCCCAAGGUGGUGUUUGCCAAGGAGCAGCCGGCAUGCAGGGAGGUGCAGGCGGAGGCGGGGGCCAGUGCCACGCUGAGCUGUGAGGUGGCCCAGGGCCAGAUGGAGGUGACAUGGUACAAGGACGGGAAGAAGCUGAGCUCCAGCUCAAAAGUGUGCAUGGAGGCCAGCGGCUGCACACGGAGGCUGGUAGUGCAGCAGGCGGGCCAGGCGGAUGCUGGGGAGUACAGCUGUGAGGCGGGGGGCCAACGGCUGUCCUUCCGCCUGCACGUGGCAGAGCUGGAGCCCCAAAUUUCAGAGAGACCCUGCCGCAGGGAGCCUCUGGUGGUCAAGGAGCAUGAAGACAUCAUCCUGACCGCCACACUGGCCACACCCUCUGCGGCCACGGUGACCUGGCUCAAGGAUGGUGUGGAGAUUCGCCGCAGCAAGCGGCAUGAGACAGCCAGCCAGGGGGACACCCACACCCUGACCGUGCAUGGCGCCCAGGUUCUGGACAGUGCCAUCUACAGCUGCCGUGUGGGCGCAGAGGGGCAGGACUUCCCAGUGCAGGUGGAAGAGGUGGCCGCCAAGUUCUGCCGGCUGCUGGAGCCUGUGUGCGGCGAGCUGGGCGGCACGGUGACACUGGCCUGCGAGCUAAGCCCAGCGUGUGCAGAGGUGGUGUGGCGCUGCGGCAACACACAGCUUCGGGUGGGCAAGCGCUUCCAGAUGGUGGCCGAGGGGCCCGUGCGCUCACUCACUGUGUUGGGGCUGCGCGCAGAGGACGCAGGGGAGUACGUGUGUGAGAGCCGUGAUGACCACACCAGUGCGCAGCUCACCGUCAGUGUGCCCCGAGUGGUGAAGUUUAUGUCUGGGCUGAGCACCGUGGUCGCAGAGGAGGGCGGCGAGGCCACCUUCCAGUGCGUGGUGUCCCCCAGUGAUGUGGCAGUCGUGUGGUUCCGGGACGGUGCCCUGCUUCAGCCCAGCGAGAAGUUUGCCAUAUCACAGAGUGGCGCCAGCCACAGCCUGACCAUCUCAGACCUGGUGCUGGAGGACGUGGGCCAGAUCACCGUGGAGGCUGAGGGCGCCUCAUCCUCUGCUGCCCUGAGGGUCCGAGAGGCGCCUGUGCUGUUCAAAAAGAAGCUGGAGCCGCAGACGGUGGAGGAGCGGAGCUCGGUGACCCUGGAGGUGGAGCUGACGCGGCCGUGGCCGGAGCUGAGGUGGACACGGAACGCGACGGCCCUGGCGCCGGGAAAGAACGUGGAGAUCCACGCCGAGGGCGCCCGCCACCGCCUGGUUCUGCACAACGUAGGUUUUGCCGACCGUGGCUUCUUUGGCUGCGAGACGCCGGAUGACAAGACACAGGCCAAACUCACCGUGGAGAUGCGCCAGGUACGGCUCGUACGGGGCCUGCAGGCAGUGGAGGCACGGGAGCAGGGCACAGCUACCAUGGAGGUGCAGCUGUCGCAUGCGGACGUGGAGGGCAGCUGGACUCGUGACGGUCUGCGGCUCCAGCAGGGGCCCACGUGCCACCUGGCUGUGCGGGGCCCCAUGCACACCCUCACACUCUCGGGGCUGCGGCCAGAGGAUAGUGGCCUUAUGGUCUUCAAGGCCGAAGGAGUGCACACGUCGGCGCGGCUCGUGGUCACCGAGCUUCCCGUGAGCUUCAGCCGCCCGCUGCAGGACGUGGUGACCACUGAGAAGGAGAAGGUUACCCUGGAGUGCGAGCUGUCACGUCCUAAUGUGGAUGUGCGCUGGCUGAAGGACGGUGUGGAGCUGCGGGCAGGCAAGACGAUGGCCAUCGCAGCCCAGGGCGCCUGCAGGAGCCUCACCAUUUACCGGUGCGAGUUCGCGGAUCAGGGAGUGUAUGUGUGUGAUGCCCAUGAUGCCCAGAGCUCUGCCUCCGUGAAGGUACAAGGCCGCAACAUCCAGAUCGUGAGGCCCCUGGAGGAUGUGGAAGUGAUGGAGAAGGACGGUGCCACCUUCUCCUGUGAGGUCUCCCACGACGAAGUGCCUGGCCAGUGGUUCUGGGAGGGCAGUAAACUGCGGCCUACUGACAACGUGCGCAUCCGCCAGGAAGGAAGGACAUACACUCUCAUCUACCGGAGAGUCCUAGCGGAAGAUGCAGGAGAGAUCCAAUUUGUAGCCGAAAAUGCAGAAUCGCGAGCCCAGCUCCGAGUGAAGGAGCUGCCAGUGACCCUCGUGCGCCCGCUGCGGGACAAGAUUGCCAUGGAGAAGCACCGCGGUGUGCUGGAGUGUCAGGUGUCCCGGGCCAGCGCCCAGGUGCGGUGGUUCAAGGGCAGUCAGGAGCUGCAGCCCGGGCCCAAGUACGAGCUGGUCAGUGAUGGCCUCUACCGCAAGCUGAUCAUCAGUGAUGUCCACACAGAGGACGAGGACACCUACACCUGUGACGCCGGUGAUGUCAAGACCAGUGCACAGUUCUUCGUGGAAGAGCAAUCCAUCACCAUUGUGCGGGGUCUGCAGGACGUGACAGUGAUGGAGCCCGCUCCUGCCUGGUUUGAGUGUGAGACCUCCAUCCCCUCAGUGCGGCCACCUAAGUGGCUCCUGGGGAAGACGGUGUUGCAGGCUGGGGGGAACGUGGGCCUGGAGCAGGAGGGCACGGUGCACCGGCUGAUGCUGCGGCGGACCUGCUCCACCAUGACCGGGCCCGUGCACUUCACCAUUGGCAAGUCUCGCUCCUCUGCCCGCCUGGUGGUCUCAGACAUCCCCGUAGUCCUCACACGGCCGUUGGAGCCCAAGACAGGGCGUGAGCUGCAGUCAGUGGUCCUGUCCUGCGACUUCCGGCCAGCCCCCAAGGCUGUGCAGUGGUACAAGGAUGACACGCCCCUGUCUCCCUCUGAGAAGUUUAAGAUGAGCCUGGAGGGUCAGAUGGCUGAGCUGCGCAUCCUCCGGCUCAUGCCUGCCGAUGCUGGUGUCUACCGGUGCCAGGCGGGCAGCGCCCACAGCAGCACUGAGGUCACUGUGGAAGCGCGGGAGGUGACAGUGACAGGGCCGCUGCAGGAUGCAGAGGCCACGGAGGAGGGCUGGGCCAGCUUCUCCUGUGAGCUGUCCCACGAGGAUGAGGAGGUCGAGUGGUCGCUCAACGGGAUGCCCCUGUACAAUGACAGCUUCCAUGAGAUCUCACACAAGGGCCGGCGCCACACGCUGGUACUGAAGAGCAUCCAGCGGGCUGAUGCGGGCAUAGUACGCGCCUCCUCCCUGAAGGUGUCGACCUCUGCCCGCCUGGAGGUCCGAGUGAAGCCGGUGGUGUUCCUGAAGGCGCUGGAUGACCUGUCCGCAGAGGAGCGCGGCACCCUGGCCCUGCAGUGUGAAGUCUCUAACCCUGAGGCCCAUGUGGUGUGGCGCAAAGAUGGCGUGCAGCUGGGCCCCAGUGACAAGUAUGACUUCCUGCACACGGCAGGCACGCGGGGGCUCGUGGUGCGUGACGUGAGCCCUGAAGACGCCGGCCUGUACACCUGCCACGUGGGCUCCGAGGAGACCCAGGCCCGGGUCAGCGUGCACGAUCUGCACGUGGGCAUCACCAAGAGGCUGAAGACAAUGGAGGUGCUGGAAGGGGAGAGCUGCAGCUUUGAGUGCGUCCUGUCCCAUGAGAGCGCCAGCGACCCGGCCAUGUGGACAGUCGGUGGGAAGACAGUGAGCAGCUCCAGCCGCUUCCAGGCCACACGUCAGGGCCGAAAAUACAUCCUGGUGGUCCGGGAGGCUGCACCAAGUGAUGCCGGGGAGGUGGUCUUCUCUGUGCGGGGCCUCACCUCCAAGGCCUCACUCAUUGUCAGAGAGAGGCCGGCCGCCAUCAUCAAGCCCCUGGAAGACCAGUGGGUGGCGCCAGGGGAGGACGUGGAGCUGCGCUGUGAGCUGUCACGGGCGGGAACGCCCGUGCACUGGCUGAAGAACAGGAAGGCCAUCCGCAAGAGCCAGAAGUAUGAUGUGGUCUGCGAGGGCACGAUGGCCAUGCUGGUCAUCCGCGGGGCCUCGCUCAAGGACGCGGGCGAGUACACGUGUGAGGUGGAGGCUUCCAAGAGCACAGCCAGCCUCCAUGUGGAAGAAAAAGCAAACUGCUUCACAGAGGAGCUGACCAAUCUGCAGGUGGAGGAGAAAGGCACAGCUGUGUUCACGUGCAAGACGGAGCACCCCGCGGCCACAGUGACCUGGCGCAAGGGCCUCUUGGAGCUACGGGCCUCAGGGAAGCACCAGCCCAGCCAGGAGGGCCUGACCCUGCGGCUCACCAUCAGUGCCCUGGAGAAGGCAGACAGCGACACCUAUACCUGCGACAUUGGCCAGGCCCAGUCCCAGGCCCAGCUCCUAGUGCAAGGCCGGAGAGUGCACAUCAUCGAGGACCUGGAGGAUGUGGAUGUGCAGGAGGGCUCCUCGGCCACCUUCCGUUGCCGGAUCUCCCCGGCCAACUACGAGCCUGUGCACUGGUUCCUGGACAAGACACCCCUGCAUGUCAACGAGCUCAAUGAGAUCGAUGCCCAGCCUGGGGGCUACCACGUGCUGACCCUGCGGCAGCUGGCGCUCAAGGACUCGGGCACCAUCUACUUUGAGGCGGGUGACCAGCGGGCCUCGGCCGCCCUGCGGGUCACUGAGAAGCCAAGCGUCUUCUCCUGGGAGCUCACAGAUGCCACCAUCACAGAGGGUGAGGACUUGACCCUGGUGUGCGAGACCAGCACCUGCGACAUUCCUGUGUGCUGGACCAAGGAUGGGAAGACCCUGCGGGGGUCUGCCCGGUGCCAGCUGAGCCAUGAGGGCCACCGGGCCCAGCUGCUCAUCACUGGGGCCACCCUGCAGGACAGUGGACGCUACAAGUGUGAGGCUGGGGGCGCCUGCAGCAGCUCCAUUGUCAGGGUGCAUGCGCGGCCAGUGCGGUUCCAGGAGGCCCUGAAGGACCUGGAGGUGCUGGAGGGUGGUGCUGCCACACUGCGCUGUGUGCUGUCAUCUGUGGCUGCGCCCGUGAAGUGGUGCUUUGGAAACAACGUCCUGAGGCCAGGUGACAAAUACAGCCUACGCCAGGAGGGUGCCAUGCUGGAGCUGGUGGUCCGGAACCUCCGGCCGCAGGACAGCGGGCGGUACUCAUGCUCCUUCGGGGACCAGACUACUUCUGCCACCCUCACAGUGACUGCCCUGCCUGCCCAGUUCAUCGGGAAACUGAGAAACAAGGAGGCCACAGAAGGGGCCACGGCCACGCUGCGGUGUGAGCUGAGCAAGGCAGCCCCUGUGGAGUGGAGAAAGGGGUCCGAGACCCUCAGAGAUGGGGACAGAUACUGUCUGAGGCAGGACGGGGCCAUGUGUGAGCUGCAGAUCCGUGGCCUGGCCAUGGUGGAUGCCGCGGAGUACUCGUGUGUGUGUGGAGAGGAGAGGACCUCAGCCUCACUCACCAUCAGGCCCAUGCCUGCCCACUUCAUAGGAAGACUGAGACACCAAGAGAGCACAGAAGGGGCCACAGCCACGCUGCGGUGUGAGCUGAGCAAGGCGGCCCCCGUGGAGUGGAGGAAGGGGCGUGAGAGCCUCAGAGAUGGGGACAGACACAGCCUGAGGCAGGACGGGGCUGUGUGCGAGCUGCAGAUCUGUGGCCUGGCUAUGGCAGAUGCUGGGGAGUACUCCUGUGUGUGUGGGGAGGAGAGGACCUCUGCCACUCUCACCGUGAAGGCCCUGCCAGCCAAGUUCACAGAGGGUCUGAGGAAUGAAGAGGCCAUGGAAGGGGCCACAGCCAUGUUGUGGUGUGAACUGAGCAAGGUGGCCCCUGUGGAGUGGAGGAAGGGGCCCGAGAACCUCAGAGAUGGGGACAGAUACAUCCUGAGGCAGGAGGGGACCAGGUGUAAGCUGCAGAUCUGUGGCCUGGCCAUGGCGGACGCCGGGGAGUACUUGUGUGUGUGCGGGCAGGAGAGGACCUCAGCCACGCUCACCAUCAGGGCUCUGCCUGCCAGGUUCAUAGAAGAUGUGAAAAACCAGGAGGCCAGAGAAGGGUCCACGGCUGUGCUGCAGUGUGAGCUGAACAGUGCAGCCCCUGUGGAGUGGAGGAAGGGGUCUGAGACCCUUAGAGAUGGGGACAGAUACAGCCUGAGGCAGGACGGGACCAAAUGUGAGCUGCAGAUUCGUGGCCUGGCCAUGGCAGACACUGGGGAGUACUUGUGUGUGUGCGGGCAGGAGAGGACCUCGGCUAUGCUCACCGUCAGGGCUCUACCCAUCAAGUUCACAGAGGGUCUGAGGAACGAAGAGGCCACAGAAGGGGCAACGGCCAUGCUGCGGUGUGAGCUGAGCAAGAUGGCCCCCGUGGAGUGGUGGAAGGGGCAUGAGAUCCUCAGAGAUGGAGACAGACACAGCCUGAGGCAGGACGGGGCCAGGUGUGAGCUGCAGAUCCGCGGCCUCGUGGCAGAGGACGCUGGGGAGUACCUGUGCAUGUGCGGGAAGGAGAGGACCUCAGCCAUGCUCACCGUCACGGCCAUGCCUUCCAAGUUCAUAGAGGGUCUGAGGAAUGAAGAGGCCACAGAAGGGGACACGGCCACGCUGCGGUGUGAGCUGAGCAAGGCGGCACCGGUGGAGUGGAGGAAGGGGCAUGAGACCCUCAGAGACGGGGACAGACACAGCCUGAGGCAGGACGGGUCCAGGUGUGAGCUGCAGAUCCGUGGCCUGGCUGUGGUGGAUGCCGGGGAGUACUCGUGUGUGUGCGGGCAGGAGAGGACCUCAGCCACACUCACUGUCAGGGCCCUGCCUGCCAGAUUCAUAGAAGAUGUGAAAAACCAGGAGGCCAGAGAAGGGGCCACGGCCAUGCUGCAAUGUGAGCUGAGCAAGGCGGCCCCUGUGGAGUGGAGGAAGGGGUCUGAGACCCUCAGAGGUGGGGACAGAUACAGCCUGAGGCAGGAUGGGACCAGAUGUGAGCUGCAGAUUCGUGGCCUGUCCGUGGCAGACGCUGGGGAGUACUCGUGUGUGUGCGGGCAGGAGAGGACCUCGGCCACACUCACCAUCAGGGCCCUGCCUGCACGAUUCACUCAAGAUCUGAAGACCAAGGAGGCCUCAGAAGGGGCCACAGCUACACUGCAGUGUGAGCUGAGCAAGGUGGCCCCUGUGGAAUGGAAGAAGGGUCCUGAGACCCUCAGAGAUGGGGGCAGAUACAGCCUGAAGCAGGAUGGGACGAGGUGUGAGCUGCAGAUCCAUGACCUGUCUGUGGCGGAUGCUGGGGAAUACUCAUGCAUGUGUGGACAAGAGAGGACCUCGGCCACACUCACCGUCAGGGCCCUGCCUGCCAGGUUCACAGAGGGUCUGAGGAAUGAAGAGGCCAUGGAAGGGGCCACAGCCACACUGCAAUGUGAGCUGAGCAAGGCAGCCCCUGUGGAGUGGAGGAAAGGCCUUGAGGCUCUCAGAGAUGGGGACAAAUACAGCCUGAGACAAGACGGGGCUGUGUGUGAGCUGCAGAUUCAUGGCCUGGCUAUGGCAGAUAACGGGGUGUACUCAUGUGUGUGUGGGCAGGAGAGGACCUCAGCUACACUCACUGUCAGGGCCCUGCCUGCCAGAUUCAUAGAGGAUAUGAGAAACCAGAAGGCCACAGAAGGGGCUACAGUCACACUGCAAUGUAAGCUGAGAAAGGCGGCCCCCGUGGAGUGGAGAAAGGGGCCCAGCACCCUCAAAGAUGGGGACAGGUACAGCCUGAAGCAGGAUGGGACCAGUUGUGAGCUGCAGAUUCGUGGCCUGGUCAUAGCAGAUGCUGGAGAAUACUCGUGCAUAUGUGAGCAGGAGAGGACCUCGGCCACGCUCACUGUCAGGGCCCUGCCGGCCAGAUUCAUAGAAGAUGUGAGAAAUCACGAGGCCACAGAAGGGGCCACAGCUGUGCUGCAGUGUGAGCUGAGCAAGGCGGCCCCCGUGGAGUGGCGGAAGGGGUCUGAGACCCUCAGAGAUGGGGACAGAUAUAGCCUGAGGCAGGACGGGACGAGGUGUGAGCUGCAGAUUCGUGGCCUGGCUGUGGAGGACACUGGAGAGUAUUUGUGUGUGUGCGGGCAGGAGAGAACCUCAGCUACACUCACUGUCAGGGCCCUGCCAGCCAGAUUCAUAGACAACAUGACAAACCAGGAGGCCAGAGAAGGGGCCACAGCCACACUGCACUGUGAACUGAGCAAGGUGGCCCCUGUGGAGUGGAGGAAGGGACCUGAAACCCUCCGAGAUGGGGACAGACACAGCCUGAGGCAGGAUGGGACCAGGUGUGAGCUGCAGAUUCGUGGCCUGUCUGUGGCAGAUGCCGGGGAGUACUCGUGCAUGUGUGGGCAGGAGAGGACCUCAGCCACACUCACGAUCAGGGCCCUGCCCGCCAAGUUCACAAAGGGUCUGAGGAAUGAAGAGGCCACAGAAGGGGCCACGGCUAUGUUGCAGUGUGAGCUGAGCAAGGUGGCCCCUGUUGAGUGGAGGAAGGGACCUGAAACCCUCAGAGAUGGGGACAGAUACAACCUGAGGCAGGAUGGGACCAGAUGUGAGCUGCAGAUUCAUGGCCUGUCCGUGGCAGACACUGGGGAGUACUCAUGUGUAUGUGGUCAGGAGAAGACGUCGGCCACUCUCACUGUCAAGGCCCCACAGCCAGUGUUCCGGGAGCCGCUGCAGAGUCUGCAGGCGGAGGAGGGCUCCACGGCCACCCUGCAGUGUGAGCUGUCUGAGCCCACUGCUACAGUGGUCUGGAGCAAGGGUGGCCUGCAGCUGCAGGCCAAUGGGCGCCGGGAGCCACGGCUUCAGGGCUGCACCGCGGAGCUGGUGUUACGGGACCUACAACGUGAAGACACUGGCGAAUACACUUGCACCUGUGGCUCCCAGGCCACCAGUGCCACCCUCACUGUCACAGCUGCGCCUGUGCGGUUCCUCCAAGAGCUGCAGCCCCAGGAGGUGGAUGAGGGAGGCACUGCACACUUACGCUGCGAGCUGAGCCGGGCGGGUGCGAGCGUGGAGUGGCGCAAGGGCUCCCUACAGCUCUUCCCUUGUGCCAAGUACCAGAUGGUGCAGGAUGGUGCAGCUGCAGAGCUGCUGGUACGCGGAGUGGAGCAGGAGGAUGCGGGUGACUACACGUGCGACACGGGCCACACGCAGAGCAUGGCCAGCCUCUCUGUCCGUGUCCCCAGGCCCAAGUUCAAGACCCGGCUUCAGAGUCUGGAGCAGGAGACAGGUGACAUAGCCCGGCUGUGCUGUCAGCUGAGUGAUGCAGAGUCGGGGGCCGUGGUGCAAUGGCUCAAGGAGGGCGUGGAGCUGCAUGCAGGCCCCAAGUACGAGAUGCGGAGCCAGGGGGCCACGCGGGAGCUGCUGAUCCACCAACUGGAGGCCAAGGACACGGGCGAGUAUGCCUGUGUGACAGGCGGCCAGAAAACCGCUGCCUCCCUCAGGGUCACAGAGCCUGAGGUGACCAUUGUACGGGGGCUGGUUGAUGCGGAGGUGACGGCCGAUGAGGAUGUUGAGUUCAGCUGUGAGGUGUCCAGGGCUGGAGCCACAGGCGUGCAGUGGUGCCUACAGGGCCUGCCACUGCAAAGCAAUGAGGUGACAGAGGUGGCUGUGCGGGAUGGCCGCAUCCACACCCUGCGGCUGAAGGGCGUGACGCCCGAGGACGCUGGCACUGUCUCCUUCCAUUUGGGAAACCGUGCUUCCUCUGCCCAGCUCACCGUCAGAGGUAGCCACAGGCGGGCCCCACCAGUGACUGCAUGGGCUCCUGAGGUGACCAUCCUGGAGCCCCUGCAGGACGUGCAGCUCAGUGAGGGCCAGGAUGCCAGCUUCCAGUGCCGGCUAUCCAGAGCUUCAGGCCAGGAGGCCCGCUGGGCUUUAGGAGGGGUGCCCCUGCAGGCCAACGAGAUGAAUGACAUCACUGUGGAGCAGGGCACACUCCACCUGCUCACCCUGCACAAGGUGACCCUUGAGGAUGCUGGAACUAUCAGUUUCCACGUGGGCACGUGUAGCUCUGAGGCCCAGCUGAAAGUCACAGAGGCAGUGCCGUGCCUGGUACGUGGCUUGCAGAAUGUGGAUGUCUUCGCGGGGGAGGUGGCCACGUUCUCCUGUGAGGUGUCUCACGCGGGUGGGCCGGAGGCCCGCUGGUGGCUGGAUGGGACCCUGCUACAGGAUGGCCCCCAGAGCGCCAUCACUGUGCGAGAUGGGAUCUUUCACUCCCUCAUGCUCUCAGGCCUGGGGGUGGCCGACUCCGGCACUGUCACCUUCCGCGCAGGGCCCCUGGUCUCCACGGCCAAGUUGUUGAUCAAAGAUCCUGUGGUGGAGGUGGUCAGUGCCAUGCAGGACUUGGCCGUGGAGGAGGGUGGCUCGGCCGAGCUCCUCUGCCAGUAUUCACAGCCCGUGCAGGCCACGUGGAAGAUGGACGAGCGGGAGGUGCGCACAGAUGGGCACCGUGUCAUCAUAGAGCAGGACUGGAACGUGGCCAGGCUGACCUUCAGGCCGGCCUUGCCCUGUGACAGUGGCAUCUAUUCUUGUGAGGCUGCGGGCACCCGCGUAGUGGCCCUGCUGCAAGUGCAAGCCAAGAACACGGUGGUGCGGGGGCUGGAGAACGUGGAGGCGCUGGAGGGCGGCGAGGCGCUGUUCGAGUGCCAGCUGUCCCAGCCCGAGGUGGCCGCCCACACCUGGCUGCUGGACGACGAACCCGUGCGCACCUCGGAGAACGCCGAGGUGGUCUUCUUCGAGAACGGUCUGCGCCACCUGCUGCUGCUCAAAAACUUGCGGCCACAAGACAGCUGCCGGGUGACCUUCCUGGCUGGGGAUAUGGUGACGUCCGCAUUCCUCACUGUCCGAGGCUGGCGCCUGGAGAUCCUGGAGCCUCUGAAAAAUGCGGCGGUCCGGGCCGGCGCGCAGGCCCACUUCACCUGCACGCUCAGCGAGGCGGUGCCCGUGGGAGAGGCGUCCUGGUACAUCAAUGGCGCGGCAGUGCAGCCGGAUGACAGCGACUGGACUGUCACCGCCGACGGCAGUCACCACGCCCUACUGCUGCGCAGCGCCCAGCCCCACCACGCCGGGGAGGUCACCUUCGCUUGCCACGACGCCGUGGCCUCUGCGCGGCUCACCGUGCUGGGCCUCCCUGAUCCCCCAGAGGAUGCUGAGGUGGUGGCUCGCAGCAGCCACACUGUGACACUGUCUUGGGCAGCUCCCAUGAGUGAUGGAGGCGGUGGUCUCUGUGGCUACCGCGUGGAGGUGAAGGAGGGGGCCACAGGCCAGUGGCGGCUGUGCCACGAGCUGGUGCCUGGACCCGAGUGUGUAGUGGAUGGCCUGGCCCCCGGGGAGACCUACCGCUUCCGUGUGGCAGCUGUGGGCCCUGUGGGUGCUGGGGAACCGGUUCACCUGCCUCAGACAGUGCGGCUUGCAGAGCCACCGAAGCCUGUGCCUCCCCAGCCCUCAGCCCCUGAGAGCCGGCAGGUGGCAGCUGGUGAGGAUGUCUGUCUGGAGCUUGAGGUGGUGGCUGAGGCUGGCGAGGUCAUCUGGCACAAGGGAAUGGAGCGCAUCCAGCCUGGUGGGCGGUUCGAGGUGGUCUCCCAGGGUCGGCAACAGAUGCUGGUGAUCAAGGGCUUCACGGCAGAAGACCAGGGCGAGUACCACUGUGGCCUGGCUCAGGGCUCCAUCUGCCCUGCGGCUGCCACCUUCCAGGUGGCACUGAGCCCAGCCUCUGUGGAUGAGGCCCCUCCUCAGCCCAGCUUGCCCCCCGAGGCAGCCCAGGAGGGUGACCUGCACCUACUGUGGGAGGCCCUGGCUCGGAAACGUCGCAUGAGCCGUGAGCCCACGCUGGACUCCAUUAGCGAGCUGCCAGAGGAAGACGGCCGCUCGCAGCGCCUGCCACAGGAGGCAGAGGAGGUGGCACCUGAUCUCUCUGAAGGCUACUCCACGGCCGAUGAGCUGGCCCGCACUGGAGAUGCUGACCUCUCACACACCAGCUCUGAUGAUGAGUCCCGGGCAGGCACCCCUUCCCUGGUCACCUACCUCAAGAAGGCUGGGAGGCCAGGCACCUCACCACUGGCCAGCAAGGUUGGGGCCCCAGCAGCCCCCUCUGUGAAGCCACAGCAGCAGCAGGAGCCACUGGCUGCUGUGCGCCCACCACUGGGAGACCUGAGCACCAAAGACCUGGGUGAUCCCUCAAUGGACAAGGCAGCUGUGAAGAUCCAGGCUGCCUUUAAGGGCUACAAGGUCCGGAAGGAGAUGAAGCAGCAGGAAGGGCCCAUGUUCUCCCACACAUUUGGGGACACCGAGGCACAGGUGGGGGAUGCUCUGCGGCUGGAGUGUGUCGUGGCCAGCAAGGCAGAUGUGCGAGCCCGCUGGCUGAAGGAUGGUGUGGAGCUGACCGAUGGGCGGCACCAUCACAUCGACCAGCUUGGGGAUGGCACCUGCUCUCUGCUGAUCACUGGCCUGGGCCGUGCUGAUGCUGGCUGCUACACCUGUCAGGUGAGCAACAAGUUUGGCCAGGUGGUCCACAGUGCCUGUGUGGUGGUCAGUGGGACAGAGAGUGAAGCCGAGAGCUCCUCUGGGGGUGAGCUGGAUGAUACCUUCCGCCGGGCUGCCCGGCGGCUGCACCGGCUCUUCUGCACCAAGAGUCCGGCUGAAGUUUCAGAUGAGGAGCUCUUCCUGAGUGCAGACGAGGGCCCUGCAGAGCCAGAGGAGCCCGCGGACUGGCAGACAUACCGCGAAGAUGAGCAUUUCAUCUGCAUCCGUUUUGAGGCGCUCACUGAGGCCCGCCAGGCGGUAACUCGCUUCCAGGAGAUGUUUGCCACACUGGGCAUUGGGGUGGAGAUAAAGCUGGUGGAACAGGGGCCUCGGAGGGUAGAGAUGCGCAUCAGCAAAGAGACCCCUGCCCCUGUGGUGCCUCCAGAGCCAUUGCCCAGCCUACUGACUUCUGAUGCUGCCCCAGUGUUCCUGACUGAGUUGCAGAACCAAGAAGUGCAGGAUGGGUAUCCUGUGAGCUUUGACUGCGUGGUGACAGGUCAGCCCAUGCCCAGUGUGCGCUGGUUCAAGGAUGGGAAGUUGUUGGAGGAGGAUGAUCACUACAUGAUUAAUGAAGACCAACAGGGUGGCCAUCAGCUCAUCAUCACAGCCGUGGUGCCAGCAGACAUGGGCGUCUACCGCUGCCUGGCCGAGAACAGCAUGGGUGUCUCCUCCACCAAGGCUGAGCUCCGUGUGGACUUGACAAGCACAGACUAUGACACUGCAGCAGAUGCCACGGAGUCCUCAUCCUACUUCAGUGCCCAAGGCUACCUGUCCAGCCGGGAGCAGGAGGGAACAGAGUCCACCACUGAUGAGGGCCAGCUGCCCCAGGUGGUGGAGGAGCUGAGAGACCUCCAGGUGGCCCCUGGCACACGCCUGGCCAAGUUCCAGCUCAAGGUGAAAGGCUACCCUGCUCCCAGAUUAUACUGGUUCAAAGAUGGCCAGCCCCUGACCGCAUCUGCCCACAUCCGCAUGACUGACAAGAAGAUCCUGCACACCCUGGAGAUCAUCUCCGUCACCCGGGAGGACUCUGGCCAGUAUGCAGCCUACAUCAGCAAUGCCAUGGGUGCUGCCUACUCGUCUGCCCGGCUGCUGGUUCGAGGCCCUGAUGAGCCAGAAGAGAAGCCUGCAUCAGAUGUGCAUGAGCAGCUGGUGCCGCCCCGAAUGCUGGAGAGGUUCACCCCCAAGAAAGUGAAGAAAGGCUCCAGCAUCACCUUCUCUGUGAAGGUAGAAGGACGCCCGGCGCCCACCGUGCACUGGCUCAGGGAGGAGGCUGAGAGAGGCGUGCUGUGGAUUGGCCCUGACACACCGGGCUACACCGUGGCCAGCUCUGCGCAGCAGCACAGCCUGGUCCUGCUGGACGUGGGCCGGCAGCACCAGGGCACCUACACAUGCAUUGCCAGCAACGCUGCCGGCCAGGCCCUCUGCUCCGCCAGCCUGCACGUCUCGGGCCUGCCUAAGGUGGAGGAGCAGGAGAAAGUGAAGGAAGCGCUGAUUUCCACUUUCCUGCAGGGGACCACACAAGCCAUCUCAGCACAGGGGUUGGAAACUGCGAGUUUUGCUGACCUUGAUGGGCAGAGGAAAGAAGAGCCUCUGGCUGCCAAGGAGGCCCUCGGCCACCUGUCCCUCACUGAGGUGGGCACAGAGGAGUUCCUGCAGAAACUGACCUCCCAGAUCACUGAGAUGGUAUCGGCCAAGAUCACGCAGGCCAAGCUGCAGGUGCCUGGAGGUGACAGUGAUGAGGACUCCAAGACACCAUCUGCAUCCCCCCGCCAUGGCCGAUCACGGCCAUCCUCCAGCAUCCAGGAGUCUUCCUCAGAGUCAGAGGACGGCGAUGCCCGAGGCGAGAUCUUUGACAUCUACGUGGUCACCGCUGACUACCUGCCCCUAGGGGCUGAGCAGGAUGCCAUCGCGCUGCGGGAAGGCCAGUAUGUGGAGGUCCUAGAUGCAGCCCACCCACUGCGCUGGCUUGUCCGCACCAAGCCCACCAAGUCCAGCCCCUCACGGCAGGGCUGGGUGUCACCAGCCUACCUGGACAGGAGGCUCAAGCUGUCACCUGAGUGGGGGGCCGCCGAGGCCCCUGAGUUCCCUGGGGAGGCUGUGUCUGAAGACGAAUACAAGGCAAGGCUGAGCUCUGUGAUCCAGGAGCUGCUGAGUUCUGAGCAGGCCUUCGUGGAGGAGCUGCAGUUCCUGCAGAGCCACCACCUGCAGCACCUGGAGCGCUGCCCCCACGUGCCCGCAGCCGUGGCCGGCCAGAAGGCAGUCAUCUUUCGCAAUGUGCGGGACAUCGGCCGCUUCCACAGCAGCAGCUUCCUGCAGGAGCUGCAGCAGUGCGACACGGACGACGACGUGGCCAUGUGCUUCAUCAAGAACCAGGCGGCCUUUGAGCAGUACCUGGAGUUCCUGGUGGGGCGUGUGCAGGCUGAGUCGGUGGUCGUCAGCACGGCCAUCCAGGAGUUCUACAAGAAAUACGCGGAGGAGUCCCUGUUGGCAGGGGACCCCUCUCAGCCCCCGCCACCACCUCUGCAGCACUACCUGGAGCAGCCAGUGGAGCGGGUGCAGCGCUACCAGGCCUUGCUGAAGGAGCUGAUCCGCAACAAGGCGCGGAACAGACAGAACUGCGCGCUGCUGGAGCAGGCCUAUGCCGUGGUGUCUGCCCUGCCACAGCGUGCUGAGAACAAGCUGCACGUGUCCCUCAUGGAGAACUACCCAGGCACCCUGGAGGCCCUGGGCGAGCCCAUCCGCCAGGGCCACUUCAUCGUGUGGGAGGGUGCACCGGGGGCCCGCAUGCCCUGGAAGGGCCACAACCGUCACGUGUUCCUCUUCCGCAACCACCUGGUAAUCUGCAAGCCCCGGCGAGACUCCCGCACCGAUACCUUCAGCUACGUGUUCCGGAACAUGAUGAAGCUGAGCAGCAUCGACCUGAACGACCAGGUGGAGGGGGAUGACCGCGCCUUCGAGGUGUGGCAGGAGCGGGAGGACUCGGUGCGCAAGUACCUGCUGCAGGCACGGACAGCCAUUAUCAAGAGCUCGUGGGUGAAGGAGAUCUGUGGCAUCCAGCAGCGUCUGGCCCUGCCUGUGUGGCGGCCCCCGGACUUUGAAGAGGAGCUGGCCGACUGCACAGCCGAGCUGGGUGAGACAGUCAAGCUGGCCUGCCGCGUGACGGGCACACCCAAGCCUGUCAUCAGCUGGUACAAAGAUGGGAAACCAGUGCAGGUGGACCCCCACCACAUCCUCAUUGAAGACCCUGAUGGCUCGUGUGCACUCAUCCUGGACAGCCUGACCGGUGUGGACUCUGGCCAGUACAUGUGCUUCGCGGCCAGCGCCGCUGGCAACUGCAGUACCCUGGGCAAGAUCCUGGUGCAAGUCCCACCACGGUUCGUGAACAAGGUCCGGGCCUCACCCUUUGUGGAGGGAGAGGACGCCCAGUUCACCUGCACCAUCGAAGGCGCCCCGUACCCGCAGAUCAGGUGGUACAAGGACGGGGCCCUGCUGACCACUGGCAACAAGUUCCAGACACUGAGUGAGCCUCGCAGCGGCCUGCUAGUGCUGGUGAUCCGGGCGGCCGGCAAGGAGGACCUGGGGCUCUACGAGUGUGAGCUGGUGAACCGGCUGGGCUCCGCACGGGCUAGUGCGGAGCUGCGCAUUCAGAGCCCCACGCUGCAGGCCCGGGAGCAGUGUCACAGGGAGCAGCUCGUGGCUGCAGUGGAAGACACCACCCUGGAGCGAGCGGACCAGGAGAUCACAUCUGUCCUGAAGAGACUGCUGGGCCCCAAGGCGCCAGGCCCCUCCACAGGGGACCUCACUGGCCCUGGCCCCUGCCCCAGGGGGGCACCCGCACUCCAGGAAACCAGCUCCCAGCCCCCAGUCACCAGAACUUCGGAGGCACCUGCAGCCAUGCCCCCGAGGGUGCCACAGCCCCUCCUCCACAAAGGCCCAGAGCAGGAGCCGGAGGCCAUUGCCAGAGCCCAGGAAUGGACUGUGCCCAUUCGGAUGGAGGGUGCAGCCUGGCCCGGGGCAGGCACAGGGGAGCUGCUCUGGGACGUCCACAGCCACGUGGUCACAGAGACCACACAGAGGACCUACACAUACCAGGCCAUCGACACGCACACCGCACGGCCCCCAUCCAUGCAGGUAACCAUCGAGGAUGUGCAGGCACAGACAGGCGGAACGGCCCAAUUCGAGGCUAUCAUUGAGGGCGACCCACAGCCCUCGGUGACCUGGUACAAGGACAGCGUCCAGCUGGUGGACAGCACCCGGCUUAGCCAGCAGCAAGAAGGCACCACAUACUCCCUGGUGCUGAGGCAUGUGGCCUCGAAGGAUGCCGGCGUUUACACCUGCCUGGCCCAAAACGCUGGUGGCCAGGUACUCUGCAAGGCAGAGCUGCUGGUGCUUGGGGGGGACAAUGAGCUGGACUCAGAGAAGCAAAGCCACCGGAGGAAGCUGCACUCCUUCUAUGAGGUCAAGGAGGAGAUUGGAAGGGGCGUGUUUGGCUUCGUAAAAAGAGUGCAGCACAAAGGAAACAAGAUCUUGUGCGCUGCCAAGUUCAUCCCCCUACGGAGCAGAACUCGGGCCCAGGCAUACAGGGAGCGAGACAUCCUGGCCGCGCUGAGCCACCCGCUGGUCACGGGGCUGCUGGACCAGUUUGAGACCCGCAAGACCCUCAUCCUCAUUCUGGAGCUGUGCUCAUCCGAGGAGCUGCUGGACCGCCUGUUCAGGAAGGGUGUGGUGACGGAGGCCGAGGUCAAGGUCUACAUCCAGCAGCUGGUGGAGGGGCUGCACUACCUGCACAGCCAUGGCGUUCUCCACCUGGACAUAAAGCCCUCUAACAUCCUGAUGGUGCAUCCUGCCCGGGAAGACAUUAAAAUCUGCGACUUCGGCUUUGCCCAGAACAUCACCCCAGCAGAGCUGCAGUUCAGCCAGUACGGCUCCCCUGAGUUCGUCUCCCCCGAGAUCAUCCAGCAGAACCCUGUGAGCGAAGCCUCCGACAUUUGGGCCAUGGGUGUCAUCUCCUACCUCAGCCUGACCUGCUCAUCCCCAUUUGCCGGCGAGAGUGACCGUGCCACCCUCCUGAACGUCCUGGAGGGGCGCGUGUCAUGGAGCAGCCCCAUGGCUGCCCACCUCAGCGAAGAUGCCAAAGACUUCAUCAAGGCUACGCUGCAGAGAGCCCCUCAGGCCCGGCCUAGUGCGGCCCAGUGCCUCUCCCACCCCUGGUUCCUGAAAUCCAUGCCUGCGGAGGAGGCCCACUUCAUCAACACCAAGCAGCUCAAGUUCCUCCUGGCCCGAAGUCGCUGGCAGCGUUGCCUGAUGAGCUACAAGUCCAUCCUGGUGAUGCGCUCCAUCCCUGAGCUACUGCAGGGCCCACCCGACAGCCCCUCCCUCGGCGUAGCCCGGCACCUCUGCAGGGACACUGGUGGCUCCUCCAGUUCCUCCUCCUCCUCUGACAACGAGCUCGCCCCAUUUGCCCGGGCUAAGUCACUGCCACCCUCCCCGGUGACGCACUCACCACUGCUGCACCCCCGGGGCUUCCUGCGGCCCUCGGCCAGCCUGCCUGAGGAAGCCGAGGCCGGUGAGCACUCCACCGAGGCCCCAGCUCCGCCUGCAUCUCCCGAGGGUGCCAGGCCACCGGCCGCCCAGGGCUGCGUGCCCCGGCACAGCGUCAUCCGCAGCCUGUUCUACCAGCAGGCGGGUGAGAGCCCUGAGCACGGGGCCCUUGCCCUGGGGAGCAGGCGGCACCCGGCCCGGCGGCGGCACCUGCUGAAGGGCGGGUACAUUGCGGGGGCGCUGCCAGGCCUGCGCGAGCCACUGAUGGAGCACCGCGUGCUGGAGGAGGAGGCCGCCAGGGAGGAGCAGGCCACCCUCCUGGCCAAAGCCCUCUCAUUCGAGACUGCCCCCCGGCUGCCUGCCUCUGGCACCCACUUGGCCCCUGGCCACAGCCACUCCCUGGAACAUGAGUCUCCGAGCACCCCCCGCCCCUCCUCGAAGGCCUUCGGUGAGGCACAGCGACUGCCUUCAGCCCCCUCCGGGGGGGCCCCUAUCAGGGACAUGGGGCACACUCAGGGCUCCAAGCAGCUUCCAUCCACUGGUGGCCACCCAGGCACUGCUCAGCCAGAGAGGCCAUCCCCGGACAGCCCUUGGGGGCAGCCAGCCCCUUUCUGCCACCCCAAGCAGGGUUCUGCCCCCCAGGAGGGCUGCAGCCCCCACCCAGCAGUUGUCCCAUGCCCUCCUGGCUCCUUCCCUCCAGGAUCUUGCAAAGAGGCCCCCUUAGUACCCUCAAGCCCCUUCUUGGGACAGCCCCAGGCACCCCCUGCCCCUGCCAAAGCAAGCCCCCCAUUGGACUCUAAGAUGGGGCCUGGAGACAUCUCUCUUCCCGGGAGGCCAAAACCCGGCCCCUGCAGUUCCCCAGGGUCAGCCUCCCAGGCGAGCUCUUCCCAAGUGAGCUCCCUCAGGGUGGGCUCCUCCCAGGUGGGCACAGAGCCUGGCCCCUCCCUGGACGCUGAGGGCUGGUCCCAGGAGGCUGAGGAUCUGUCCGACUCCACACCCACCUUGCAGCGGCCUCAGGAACAGGCGACCAUGCGGAAGUUCUCCCUGGGUGGUCGUGGGGGCUACGCAGGCGUGGCUGGCUAUGGCACCUUUGCCUUUGGUGGAGAUGCAGGGGGCAUGCUGGGGCAGGGGCCCAUGUGGGCCAGGAUAGCCUGGGCUGUGUCCCAGUCGGAGGAGGAGGAGCAGGAGGAGGCCAGGGCUGAGUCCCAGUCGGAGGAGCAGCAAGAGGAGGCCAGGGCUGAGAGCCCACUGCCCCAGGUCAGUGCAAGGCCUGUGCCUGAGGUCGGCAGGGCUCCCGCCAGGAGCUCUCCAGAGCCCACCCCAUGGGAGGACAUCGGGCAGGUCUCCUUGGUGCAGAUCCGGGACCUGUCAGGUGAUGCGGAGGCGGCCGACACAAUAUCCCUGGACAUUUCCGAGGUGGACCCCGCCUACCUCAACCUCUCAGACCUGUACGAUAUCAAGUACCUCCCAUUCGAGUUUAUGAUCUUCAGGAAAGUCCCCAAGUCCGCUCAGCCAGAGCCGCCCUCCCCCAUGGCUGAGGAGGAGCUGGCCGAGUUCCCGGAGCCCACGUGGCCCUGGCCAGGUGAACUGGGCCCCCACGCAGGCCUGGAGAUCACAGAGGAGCCAGAGGAUGUGGACGCGCUGCUGGUGGAGGCUGCCGUGGGCAGGAAGCGCAAGUGGUCCUCGCCGUCACGCAGCCUCUUCCACUUCCCUGGGAGGCACCUGCCGCUGGACGAGCCUGCAGAGUUGGGGCUGCGUGAGAGAGUGAAGGCCUCCGUGGAGCACAUCUCCUGGAUCCUGAAGGGCAGGCCGGAAGGUCUGGAGAAGGAGGGGCCCCCCAGGAAGAAGCCAGGCCUUGCUUCCUUCCGGCUCUCAGGUCUGAAGAGCUGGGACCGAGCGCCGACAUUCCUAAGGGAGCUCUCAGAUGAGACUGUGGUCCUGGGCCAGUCAGUGACACUGGCCUGCCAGGUGUCAGCCCAGCCAGCUGCCCAGGCCACCUGGAGCAAAGACGGAGCCCCCCUGGAGAGCAGCAGCCGUGUCCUCAUCUCUGCCACCCUCAAGAACUUCCAGCUUCUGACCAUCCUGGUGGUGGUGGCUGAGGACCUGGGUGUGUACACCUGCAGCGUGAGCAAUGCGCUGGGGACAGCAACCACCACGGGCGUCCUCCGGAAGGCAGAGCGCCCCUCAUCUUCGCCAUGCCCCGAUAUCGGGGAGGUGUACGCGGAUGGGGUGCUGCUGGUCUGGAAGCCCGUGGAAUCCUACGGCCCUGUGACCUACAUUGUGCAGUGCAGCCUAGAAGGCGGCAGCUGGACCACACUGGCCUCCGACAUCUUUGACUGCUGCUACCUGACCAGCAAGCUCUCCCGGGGUGGCACCUACACCUUCCGCACGGCAUGUGUCAGCAAGGCAGGAAUGGGUCCCUACAGCAGCCCCUCGGAGCAAGUCCUCCUGGGAGGGCCCAGCCACCUGGCCUCUGAGGAGGAGAGCCAGGGGCGGUCAGCCCAACCCCUGCCCAGCACAAAGACCUUCGCAUUCCAGACACAGAUCCGGAGGGGCCGCUUCAGUGUGGUGCGGCAGUGCUGGGAGAAGGCCAGCGGGCGGGCGCUGGCUGCCAAGAUCAUCCCCUACCACCCCAAGGACAAGACAGCAGUGCUGCGCGAAUACGAGGCCCUCAAGGGCCUGCGCCACCCGCACCUGGCCCAGCUGCACGCAGCCUACCUCAGCCCCCGGCACCUGGUGCUCAUCUUGGAGCUGUGCUCUGGGCCCGAGCUGCUCCCCUGCCUGGCCGAGAGGGCCUCCUACUCAGAAUCCGAGGUGAAGGACUACCUGUGGCAGAUGCUGAGCGCCACACAGUACCUGCACAACCAGCACAUCCUGCACCUGGACCUGAGGUCCGAGAACAUGAUCAUCACCGAAUACAACCUGCUCAAGGUCGUGGACCUGGGCAAUGCACAGAGCCUCAGCCAGGAGAAGGUGCUGCCCUCAGAGAAGUUCAAGGACUACCUAGAGACCAUGGCUCCAGAGCUCCUGGAGGGCCAGGGGGCUGUUCCACAGACAGACAUCUGGGCCAUCGGUGUGACAGCCUUCAUCAUGCUGAGCGCCGAGUACCCGGUGAGCAGCGAGGGUGCACGCGACCUGCAGAGAGGACUGCGCAAGGGGCUGGUCCGGCUGAGCCGCUGCUACGCGGGGCUGUCGGGGGGCGCCGUGGCCUUCCUGCGCAGCACUCUGUGCGCCCAGCCCUGGGGCCGGCCCUGCGCGUCCAGCUGCCUGCAGUGCCCGUGGCUAACAGAGGAGGGCCCGGCCUGUUCGCGGCCAGCGCCCGUGACCUUCCCUACCGCGCGGCUGCGCGUCUUCGUGCGCAAUCGCGAGAAGAGACGCGCGCUGCUGUACAAGAGGCACAACCUGGCCCAGGUGCGCUGAGGGUCGCCCCGGCCGCACCCUUGGUCUCCCCGCUGGGGGUCGCUGCAGACGCGCCAAUAAAAACGCACAGCCGGGCGAGAAGU